AUGCGUCGCUGCGGCCGGUCGGUUGGCCAGGGAGCCGUCUUCAGCGCGGGCAAGAUGGUCAGGGGCCUGGUGCUCUCCGCCGGGGGCCACACAGGGGGUGGCAAACACGCUAGCACGGCCAGGCGGACGCCCACGCGCGCGUCUUGCAAUUACGGGAUCCUCCUCAAGGGCAUCAAAGAGGAGCAGGUGGCAGGCUUCAAGAACAAGAAGGGUCAGAGGAUGAGGUUCAACGAAUUUUUGGCCUCCCAGGUGGAGGGGCUGGUGGCUAACUUCAAGGGCACCCCCCAUGAGGCGGACCUGCAGGCCAUGCUCAAGAACGCUCGGCAUUAUCCAGACCUGACCGUGUCGACAAGGACACAGACGUGUGACUGGGUGAGCAAGUUUGUGGAGCAGCACGGCGAUGUGCUUGGACUGGACACCAACCCAGCAGAAGUCAGUGGAAGAACUCCCUGGCAGGCAUCCACGCCCCGUGGAUAUGGCGAGAGCCAUGCAGGCAGCAGCCAAGGCACAGCCACUGGCCCUGUUUGGCUCAGGAGAGGUGCUGCUGGGACCUCCAGCAGUUCCAGAUCGGACACCACAACAUCGGUUUCCGGCUGGUCAGAUAAGUGGAGAAGGACCCAGACCAGAGACAAGGAUAGCCGAGCUCGGAAUUCGGUUCCAAAGGGCCCCACACAAUUCCCCGCAAGGCCUAACUAUGCAACCACCUGGAGGAGUGUGGAGAAGGACAAGGGGCGUACUCCAACUGCAGUGGCGACUGUGCUGCCACCUGAUAGCUCUGUGCGCCAUCAGCAGGAGCAGGUUGCCAGUGGGGCAGAUCCACGAUUUGAAACAAAGGCGGAGCAGGUCAAGCAGACAAGCCGGGGGAUGGUCGGAUCUGCCACGAUUGGAAGGAACAGUGGGCGUAAACUCCCAGCAGGUUUGCCUGCACAAGGCAGUGCAACCACAGCACAGGUUGAUAACAUGUCGGUGAGGCAAACAAGUCCCCGUGGUGGCAGUGGAGAGGCAGCUGUUCUGGAGAAUGUGUCUGUGCAGCAGCUGCAUCCGCUCCUGGAGAAAGUGGGGCCUGUGGGUCCCCUUGUUGUGUUCGACCUCGAGACCACAGGGCUGGGUAUCAACGACCAUGGCAUAGUUGAGGUGGCUGCGUGGAACCUCAACACAGGAGAGUUGAUUCAGAGCCUGAUAAACCCAGGCGAUGUUGUGUGGAACAAGCAUGCUGUGCGGGUCAAUGGGAUCUCGCAGGGCAUGGUUUCGGGCUCUGGCAUCCCUACUUGGGCCUCCUUUGGCAAAUGGUUCAUUUCAUGGUUGGACAAGCAGAGAUGGUCGUUGGAUGGAAAUCCUGUGCUUGUGGCACACAAUGGACUGAAGUUUGAUUAUAGGUUUCUACAACAGAAGCUGGCAGAUGUCGGUGAGAAACUUGCACCAGGAUGGAGGUAUUUGGACAUUCUCCCAUGGGUGAAGAGUUUGGCGGCACUUCAGAAGGAAUUGCUUGAUAACAAGCAGGAAACCCUGCGGGAGCAUUUUGGCAUAAAAGUAGCCGGGCGGGCCCACAGGGCUGCUGCUGAUGUAGAGGUUCUGGGUAGAGUCGUUCUGAAGAUGCUCGAUCCAAAGAUCUGUGGCAAGCCAAGCCUGGAGGCAGUUGUGCUAUCUCAGGAGUCGUAUGCGGGUGUGCUUGGGUCGUUUCAACCACAGCCCAAGUCGAGCACAAGGACGGGUGAUCGCAAGGGCUUCAGGACAAAGCAGCGGGGAUGGGAGCAGAGAGCGGAAUGGCAGUUGGGCACGAUUGCUGAGCCCGCUGAUGCUGAUGGGGUGCCCUGGGUGUCAGAUCCUCUGGUGUUGGUGGAGGGCGCCAUGGAGACUGGAGAAAUGCCUUUGAAUGCAGAGGACAAGGACAUGGAAGCGGAUGGUGCCACAGAUGCGCUCUGUUCGUUUCUAUCCACGCCGAUCUCCAAGGCCACAUUCUGGACUCCGAGCCAGAGAGAAGGGCUGCAAAACGCUGGUUUCGAGUCAGUCCUCCAGGUGGCAAUGCAUUUUCCACGCGACUUCACAGUCUUUGAGAAGAAUUCGGAAAUCCAUCCAGGCUCUGUUUUGUCCCUCAUGGGGACUGUCCUGUCGAUAUCAGCAGUCUACACAAAAAACAACGUGUGCAUUUUCAAUUUGUCAAUUGCUCAAGAGGGCAAGGAGGAAGAAAUCAAGUUUAGCCAAGUGUUUUGGGGCAUGAAGGGGAAGUGGGCUGGUCAAUCGCUGAUCAAAAGUUUCCCAAGUGGCACAAAGCUCUGGCUCAGAGGCCAUGUGGCUGGCAAAAGAGGAGGAAGGUAUGAGAUAACAGAUACCAAGUAUGUGAAUGCUGACCACAUGGAAGAAUUGGGGACUGUAAUAGACCCAAUAUACGCCAGCAAGGGUGGCAUCAAAAACGAUGUGUUUACAGGCACCCCAAAAAGGCCAGGGGUAAUUGCUCGCAUGUACAAGGCUUUGGCAGAAGAGGGUUUGGAAGGGGCAGAUUUUUUGCCACAAUGGCUUCUGGAAUCGCAGGGACUGAAGCCAUGGAUGGAAGCACUGAAAAUGAUGCACACGCCUGCCAAGUUGGAAGAAGCAUCUGCUGCAAGACGGAGAUUUGCAGCUCAGGACAUGCUGCUGUUGCAGCUUGCACUCCUUGCACGCCGGCAUACACUGACUGAGCCCAGGACGGAUGCCGACAAAGAGGGCACGUGCAUCACCAGCCUGGAAAUGAUGAACGCUGGAAAAGCUGCCCUGCCGUUUGAGCUGACAUGCGAUCAGGCACAAGUGCUGGAAGAGAUCGUGGCUGAUAUGGCUGGUCCAAGGCCCAUGCUGCGGCUCCUUCAGGGGGAUGUUGGGACAGGGAAAACAGCGGUGACAUUCCUGGCGAUGCUGUUGUCUGCAGGCUCAGGUGCUUUCAUGCGAUGGGUAAACUGUCGAUCCCUGUUGUGCAUGAAGGAAAUCGCAUCAGACAGCAUGUGA